AUGAUUGCCCGACGCCAACAACUUAAACGAAACGCUCACGCAGCAACAUUUCCAGCACAGAAACCCGAGAAACGAGAUGGAACAUCCAAUGAAUCCAACGUCCAAGAUCCAGCGACCACGCAAGAACCUGACCUCCACGCCACCCGAACGACCAAGAGAGAUACUCCAUGUUGCAGCGACACGGAACUGAUUGUCAGCCAGUUAGCGGGGCUGGCUGCUACUAUCAGUCGAUCGUCCCCCGGAAAUACGGCACAUAGCAAGAGAUCUUCGUUUUCUUCUUCCGUCGUGCGCACGGUCAACAUGCAAUCCGGUAGCAAUAGCAACAACAAGGAAGAACCCCAAGAGGAGAACUUCCACUAUCUGCGAAGUCUGAUCACCGUUUCCUGUCCUUCACAACACUCCUCCAGGCCGAGCUUGGAUAUCUCAAAUGAAGAGAAAAGGAGCCAACCGACAAGCCGCAAGCGGGCCUCUUCAAGGCUAAGCCUGCGUCUGGGGGAUCUACCGCGGGUUCCCGUCGUGCCGAAAGUUUCACGAAAGCCCUGCCCUCGCUAUACCUGCUUACCACCCGCGUGGACGCCCAAAGCAAUCACCGUCCGACCGGAAGUCCGCUUCUGA